AUGUUGCAGGAGAUGAUGAGUCGUCAUGGUGACCAGGCCCCGCCCACCUCACGGCCACACCCCUUCCCUCUGGAGAUGGCCCACUCCUACAGUAGUCCAUUGCUGAGCUCGUGUGGUUCCACUAAGGUCCUCUACUUUACAGACCACUCACACACACCCUGCAUGAUCCACAUCAACAAGAGGUUGGGAAAAGUAACUCUGAGAGAUGUGAAGACGGCAGUAGACAGAGAUGACAAACCACAGAUUCACUUCAAAGCCCUCGACCCCGAGUUUGGUACCGUCAAAGAAGAGGUAUUUGAAGACGAGGCGUUGGUUCCAGGCUGGGAGGGGAAGAUAGUGGCCUGGGUGGAGGAGGACAACGGAGAGGAGAGGAUUAAAGCCCAGCUGCUGAGGAACUGA